AUGUCAACAUUAAGAUUGGUUUCAAGACCAAUGAUGACUGCUUAUGAAGCAAGUCUAAAGAUUUUCGGAUUCAGAGCAGAAGGUAGUCCAAAUCUAGGUCUCAAGUACUUGAGAAAACCAUUGAUCGGUGGUUACAUUGCUGACUACUAUCCAAGCAAUACACUUUCACUCGAGAUGUUGGGUAACAACAACGAUAAAGCCUACACUAAAGCCGAACGUACCACCAGACGUGAGGGAAGAGGUAAAGCUCAAACCAAGAAGGGUAGUGGUAAGAUGGCUCUCAAGCGUGCAAAAGAGAAGAAGCGUUACUGCAGCGCACCAUUUGAAUUUAGUUUUUGUUCAGGUUAA